AUGUCAGCUAUGUUGGUGAGAGCCUCGAGGGGCGCAUGGGGAAUUCGGGCACACGCAAGAAUACCUGCCCUCUCAUCGCUGGCCCGAUACUAUGCCUCCAAAUCUUUCCCUUCGCACACCAUCAUCCAGAUGCCCGCCCUUUCCCCGACGAUGCAGGCCGGAAACAUUGGCGCAUGGCAGAAGAAGCCCGGAGACACUCUUGCGCCUGGUGACGUACUGGUAGAGAUCGAGACGGACAAAGCACAGAUGGACUUUGAGUUCCAGGAUGAGGGUGUGUUGGCAAAGAUUCUGAAGGACUCGGGAGAGAAGGAUAUCGCCGUUGGCAACCCAAUCGCUGUCAUGGUCGAGGAUGCCGGUGAUGUCGAAGCAUUCAACGACUUCACCAUCGAGGAUGCUGGCGGUGAGAAGUCUUCUGGUGCUGAGAAGAAGGAGGGUGGUCAAGAGGCCGCUGAAGCUUCAGAGGCACCCAAAUCUGGCUCCGGCACCGCACCUCCAGCGCCAAAGGAGGAGGCACUAAAGGCACAAGAGUCAGAGUCAAGCGGCGAGAGAUUACAACCCGCGAUCGAGCGCGAAGCCCUCGUUGCUCCUGCGAUCAAGAAGCUUGCUCUCGAGAAGGGCGUUGCUCUCUCCUCGAUCAAGGGCUCUGGUCCAGGUGGCCGGAUAACCAAGCAGGACGUCGAAAAGGCUAAGCCAGCCGGUGGUGCUGCUCCAGCAGUCGCAGGUGCCGGUGCUGCCGCCGCGUACGAGGACAUCGAAGCCACGAGCAUGCGCAAGACCAUCGCCUCCCGCCUCACUCAAUCGUUCCAACAGAACCCCCACUACUUCGUCGCCUCCAGCAUCUCCGUCACCAAGCUCCUGAAGCUCCGUGCGGCCCUCAACGCCUCCGCCGAUGGCAAGUACAAGCUCUCGGUCAACGACUUCCUCAUCAAGGCCCUUGCUCUCGCAGCCCGCAAGGUUCCAGCAGCCAACAGCUCGUGGCGUGAGGAGAGCGGCAAGGUCAUCAUCAGACAAAACAACGUUGUUGAUGUCUCCGUCGCCGUCGCUACCCCCGUUGGUCUCAUGACCCCGAUUGUCAAGAAUGUCACCGGUACCGGCCUCGAAGCUAUCUCGUCUCAGAUCAAGGAUCUUGGCAAGCGGGCAAGAGAUGGAAAGCUCAAGCCAGAGGAAUACCAGGGUGGAACCAUCACCAUCUCGAACAUGGGCAUGAACGACGCGAUUGACCGAUUCACCGCUGUUAUCAACCCACCACAAGCGACUAUCCUUGCAGUUGGCGCCGUCAAGAAGGUUGCAGUGCCAAAAGAGACGGAAGAUGGCUCUGAGGGUGUUGAAUGGGACGAGCAGAUCGUGAUGACUGGCUCUUUCGACCACAAGGUCGUGGAUGGCGCAGUUGGUGGUGAGUUCAUGCGGGAACUCAAGAAGGUCAUUGAGAACCCAUUGGAGAUGCUGCUUUAA